AUGUCUACAAUGGCAGGCCUUAUUCUGUUGGGAAUGGUUCUUAUUAUCUACAUGAUAAUGAAACAGAGAUCAAGAUAUUAUGGAGAAAUUCAAGACGAAGAGGACGGGAUUAACUGUUUAAGGAAAACUCCAACCUAUUACCAAUGGAACCGAACGCCACCUUCUUGUCAUAAGAACCCCGAAAAGGAAUCAUGGGAACAAAGACGAAGUGUGUUACUAAAGAAAUAUUCUGCCAUUACUACUACUACUACUGCAUCUUCUUCAUAA